AUGAAUAUACUUCUUAUACUAUUGACAUAUCUCCGAAUUAAUUUUGUUUUUGGUUGGGGAUGGGGAUCUUCCAAUAAUAAUGAAACAAAUAAAGAAGAUGAUUAUUACAAGAUUCUCGGCCUCACUCGUGAUGCCACUCCGAAACAGAUUAGGAGGGCCUAUAUAGACUUAUCUAAGAAAUACCACCCUGAUGUUUAUAAGGAAGACAAUGGCGAAAAGUUCAGGGAUAUUGCCAAAGCUUAUGAGGUAUUAAAUAGCAACGAAAAGAGAUCUAUAUAUGAUAAAUAUGGAGCUGAAGGCUUAAAUAAUAAUCAUCCCACUAGCGGUGAUUAUUUUGGAUCUGAAGAUUUUGACAUUUUCUCCCAAUUCUUCGGAGGAUUUGGUAAGAAACAAAGGGUGGAUAAGGCGGAAUCUAUUUCAUCGCCAAUACAAUUAGACCUAUCUCAGCUGUACAACGGCACAACGUUUGAACUCAAAAUUUCAAGACCGGUACUUUGCAAAUUUUACAAGGAAUGUAUAAAGACAAGAAAGGAUUGCCAUGGACCUGGAGUGCGAAUGUUAAUGCAGCAAAUGGGCCCUGGAAUGUUAGUACAGCAACAGAUGAGAGAUCCAAAUUGCAUAGCAGCUGGGCAAGAGUGGCGCCAAAAUUGCAAUGCCUGCCCUAACGGACCAACCACGAUUGAACCAAUAUUAUUAGAUGUUACCGUAUCACCCGGGACUCCUAAUGGACACAAACUUAUUUUUGAAGGGAAGGGGAAACAAUAUCCUGGGUUGGAACCAGGUGAUAUAAUUCUGACAAUACUAACAAAUGAACACGAUAGUUUGAUACGCGAGGGGGAUGAUCUAAUAUACAAAUUGAAUAUAUCACUUAAGGAUGCUUUGCUCGGAUUCAAAGUACACCUGCCUCACUUUGGAAAGAGCCCAUUUAUGUUUGAACGGUCACGGGGAAAUGUUACUAGUGACGGUCAAGUAUUUGUGAUAAACGAUAUGGGGAUGCCACUCUUCCACAACAACAAACGUUUUGGCCGCUACUUAGUCAAUAUUUCCGUUACAUACCCUGAAACAUUAACUAAAAAGCAAUUGGAUAUCAUAUCAAAGGCUUUUGAGUGA